AUGAAUACCUCGGGAUUUAUAUCACAAUCACAAACUGAAGAAAAGGCUAAAUAUAAUGUAGUUACAAAGAAAUUAACAUCCUUGAUUUCUAUAUUUGAUAAAUUGUAUGGAAAGUCAUUUUAUAAAAAAUUAAUUAAGACAGAUUACAAUUCAUUAAAACUUACUUCUAUGCCUUCUGUGAUUCUAGAUAAUAUUAAGGUUAACCAUCCACUAGUUAAAUUAAUGAUUGAAUAUGUCAAAAAGUUAGACACUCUUGGAGAUUCUUCUAAAUAUUUUUUAAUGAUAGUUAAGUAUCUUAUUGAUGAAAGCUAUAAGAUUAUUGAAAAGGGAGUUAAACCUACUGUUCUGGGUGAAAUUUAUAGAGACAUAGGAAGUGAAUUUAAUGACUUUUGUAAAGACUUUGUUCAAGAAAUUAAUAUUUUUGAAGAUGAAUUAAUCGAGCAAGACAUUAAAGAAAUAAACAUUAACGAUAGUGAAAAGACUAAACCUUGUCUGUUUUUAUUGCUUGAUUCUCUUAUUAAAGAAAGAAAAAUAAAAGAUCUGCUUAUAGAAGCUAUAAAUAAAACAAAAUCAUUUAGUACAGAAAAGAUUAGAGUAAAUAAAAUAUCAACUGGCACUAUUGAUGAUAGUUAUCUUGUAGAAGGAAUGAUUUUUGAAAGGAUGCCUGAUUCUAUAAAAAAAGAUCUUGAAAAUGGUACUAGUUCAAUUUACAAUUGUCCUCUUGAUAUAAGUAGAGCAGAGCUUAAAAGUACAAUUUUGAUGAAUACUUCUGAAGAAUUAUACAAUUUUAGUAAAGAAGAAAUUAAUCUAAUAAAAGAGAAAGUGGAUUCUCUUAAGUCAGAUUUAAUUAUUUGUAGUGGUAAGGUAGAUAACAUCUUUUUAGAUUUAUGUAAUAAAUCUAAUAAAGUAAUAUUUAAGAUUAUGUCUAAACAUGAUUUAAGAAGAAUUAGGGAUUGUCUUGGUGGUGAUAUUUCUCCAGUUCUAGAGCCUAUUAAAAAUUUUGGACAUGUUAAAAAAAUGAGCAUUUUUGAAGAAGGUAAUAAAUCAUAUACUAAAUUUUUAGGGAGUGAUAUGCAAACAAUUGUACUAAAAAGUUCAUUAGAUGUUAUUUUAGAUGAACACGAAAGAAUAAUUAAUAAAACAUUGAGAGCGUUAAGUAAAAAUAUAAAAAACAAUAAGAUUGAAGUAGUAGAAGGGUCUGGUACAUUUGAAAAACAACUUACUAAUUUUUUGGUAAAUCAAUAUAAUUCCAAUAUUGGUAAUAAUGAAGAAACUUUAAAUAGAAAAUAUGCAUUUAUAUCUUUGAGUAACGUAUUUUCACGUUUUAAACAAUAUGAUACUAUUACUUAUGAUAUUUAUAGUACUAAGCUACGUGCCAUUAAAUAUUCCUUAGAUUUUAUUGCAGUAAUGUAUGAGACAGAAGAUUAUUUAAUAGGAAUACAAGAAAAAUUGAAUAUUAAGCCAAGGUUAAAUGAUGAUUGGGAUGAAGAUCAUUAA